AUGGGAGGAGAGUCAGCUCUACCUAGUUGGGUUACUAUAAUAUCUGGAUAUUCUUCAAUAAUAUCUAGUCUUAUUAUAUUUUCAAGUAUUGUUUUACACUUAAAGAAUUAUCGUAAACCGUUUCAACAGCGAUUAAUGAUCAGAAUUCAGUUAAUUGUUCCGCUUUUUGCAUUAUCGUGUUUUUCUAUGCUUAAGAAUCCUGAAUCGUUGUUCAAUAGAUAUUUGUUGGAAUCAAUACGGGAAGUUUAUGAAGCAUUUGUAAUCUACACAUUUUUUUCUCUAUUGACGGAUAUACUAGGAGGAGAAAGAAAUAUUAUCAUCAUGACGAGUGGGAGGGAACCAGUUUAUCAUCCUGGUGUUUUGAAAUACUUAUUACCUGCUGUUGACAUAUCUGAUCCAACCACGUUUUUAAUAAUUAAGCGGGGGAUUUUGCAAUAUGUGUGGUUGAAGCCAGUGAUAUGUGUUAGCACUAUAAUAACGGAAUUGAUAGGGUGGUAUAAUGUGAAUGAUGUAAGUGCGACCUCGAUAUACUUAUGGCUCACGAUACUAUAUAACUUGAGUGUGACGAUGUCAUUGUAUUGUUUGGCGAUGUUUUGGAAAGUACUUUGGGAUGAUUUAAAGCCUUUCAAACCGGUAGGUAAAUUUUUAUGUGUCAAGUUAAUUAUUUUUGCAUCAUAUUGGCAGGGGGUUGUUCUAGCUAUACUAAACUUCUCCGGAGCAUUACCAGGAUCGGCGUCAACUAAAGGACAUAAUACCAAUAUAGGUGUCUAUAUUCAGAAUGCGCUUCUUUGCGUUGAAUUAAUAGCUUUUGCUAUUGGCCAUUGGCAUUCUUUCUCUUAUAAACCUUUCAAUAUUUCAGCGAUACCCAAUGGUAGGUUGGAAUUUUAUUACGCUGUCAAAGAUAUGUUUGGUGUUAAAGAUUUAGUUCAUGACUUCCAAUUAACCUUUUAUGGUGAUUAUUAUAAAGAUUAUAAGAGAUUUGAUUCUGUUGAAGCUACAACUGCACAUCCAGAAUCUAGAGGACGUAUGAGUAGGAUUAACCAAGGUUUGAGGUAUCACGGUGAUGGAAAGCAAAAGCACUGGCUCCCAAAUAACCAAUCACCAGUUCAGAACACUACGAAUGUACGAAGUACCUCAGAAGCAAAUGCAUUGUUAUACCAGCCACUACUAGGAAAUGCUCUGCAAUACUCACCAUCUUUGAAUUCAACAGGAACAUCUACUAGAGGGAUCUAUCCUUCUUCACCUAAGAACAUAACACCUCCUGAUUCCCCAGUAGUACCUGCUUCUGCCGGAACUUUUAAUCUGAUAAAUGGACCUACAAUAACCGAUGUCUUGAAUACAAAUGAGAUUUCAUACGAUAAAGAACUACUUGACGAAGAUGAAAUUUACUAUCAAAAUGCAUGCUCAGUUAUUAACAAUUAUAGAUUAGAUCAGAAUGAGGUUAAGAAGUUGAUAAAUUAUCCAAUUGUGGAUGAAGUUGUUGAUGGACAUAUGUUUGGUUUUAAGGUUAAAAAGUUGAGAGCUGAUAGAUUAAGACAACAACAAAGAAAUCAUAAUAACGUCUCUAUUGAUGGUCAUAAGAACAGUUCUUACGGAAGUAUAGCAUAA